AUGAAUAAUAAAAUAAGAACUGGAUAGGUUUUAAUUAACCCGAAGUAUGUUCCAGCAGUAAUGAAUCUUUAGCUAGCAUUUAACAAUGAUAAAAGCUAAGAAUAACUCUUAGGUUUAUUUUUAAAGAACAAUUUACUCACAACAGCUUGGAUUUAAAAAGACUACUCAAUGCUAACAAAAUUGGAUAAAAUUUAAUAAGAAUAAAUACAUCUCUCUAGCAUUUUAGAUCCUUUAAUAAAAGCUUUUAAGUACUCAAAUAAUCUAGAUUAAUAAUAAAAAAGCAAACUAUAAAUUUAAAGAAUUUUCUUGGGAUUUGAUUAUGAUGGCAUGCUAUAUUCCACGGGCUAUAAUUUAACUGAUUUAGAAAUAAAAGAGCUUUAAGAAUAAUCUAAUUUAAGUUACUAUUAAUUUGAUAUUAGGUAGUAAAAUUUCUAUUAAGAAGCCAUGAAAAGCGAGCUACCCAUUUCUGUUUAAUACAUGUCCCCAUCUAGCUAAAUGAUAAAUAAUUUAAAUAUUGGUCUGAUUUGUUAACAAUCAGGUUUAAAAAAGAAUAAUAUUGUUUUGUGCAAUGUUUACUAAGCUUAAGAUUAUGAGCUUUUAGGUUAAAAUAUGGGGAAAUCUAUGUAAUACUAUUAUAUGAUUGACCCAGAUGAAAUGAGAAUAAUUUAUCAUUCAGAUUCUAGUAUGAAUUCAUAAAAUAUAUAAUUAGACACCUAUUUAUAAUCAAAAUAUGAUUAACAAAUAUCAACAAAUUUAUUAAAUGUUAUCCAAAAUUAGGCUAAGCAAAAUCACAACUACUAGAAAUUAAAUUCUACUAGCAUCCGUGCAUUGAACGAUAGCUCUACAUAAUUUAUUUAUUAAUUUCAAGAUUAAAAUAGUAAUCCCUUAACUGUUAUAAUUAACUCCUUGUAUUUGGUAAGUAAAAAACCUUCAGAAAGAAAUUCAUUUUAUAAAUGCUAGAGCUUAUUGUUCAUAUAAGUAUUCAACCAAGGUAUUAUGGAAACAGCUAUCUAAGAUUAAUUUAAAUAGGUACGAUCAUAUAUGCUAUGGUAUGAAAUAGUUUUGUCUAUUAUAUUAGCUAUAGCUAUGAUCAUAUCAGUCAUUUUUUCUUUUAAAUUAAAAAACUAGUUUUAUUUACCAAUAAUUCACUUAACUAAAGUACUUAAAAAACUCUAUAAAUUUCUUAGCUGUGCAAAUAAUGCAAAUACAAGUGAUGAAGAAAUUAUUUAGCUAAUAGACGGUGAAAAUGCAUAAAACUUGUAUUUUAUGAGCAAAGAUACAGAAUUGCUAUAUAUUAGUUUUAGAGGUCUUUUUAAAACUUUAAAUACAACUAACAAUAAAUUACUUGAACUGACUGAUGAAAAUUAGUGCAAAUCUCUCAUGAAAUUAAUAAAUUAAUCACGAUAUUUUGAAAAAUUUGGUAAUAAUAGUGCUCUAGGAGUUUGCCAUAACAAUAUAGCUUGCAUUCAUAUGAAUUAAGGCAGAUUUUUAGAGGCUUUAUAACAUUUUUCCAUUUCAAUUAUUUAUGCCUAAUAUGAACUAGAUUUUUACAAAGACAAAGCAAAAACUGAAUAAGAAAGUCUCAUAGGCUAAUCUCCUCCUUCAUCUUUAUCUCCUAGAAGAACAUUUUAAAGAUAAAUAUCUUAUUUUGAUAAUUUGAGUAAAAAGAAAAGAUUGAUUAGAAGAAAGCAGCACAGCUUUAUAAUAAAAGAAAAUAAAAACAAUAUUAAUUAAGAAACAGAAACAAAUAAUGAAAGUGAAAAGUAAGAACUAUAAUAUUUGUAUUAAAAAUUAUUUAAUAGAAAGUAUAACUAUAUUAACACAUUAAUAUUGCUUAUACGAAGUUAAUCAGUGACUAAAUACACUCUGUCAUCGUUGCAUCUAACUCACUAAAACUAAACCUAUUGUAUUAAUUCUUGUUUUCUAAACGAGGUGGAUGAGCUUCUUUUAGAGCUUCUUAUAAUCGAACAGCAUCUAUAAAAGUCUGAUUCAAGAACUCUGUAAAUACUACUAACACGAGCUUAAGUUAAGCUAGAUUUGAAUUAGUAUGUCGAAGCAAAAAAAAUUAUAAAUUAAUGUAAGUAGCUAUUUUUAGAGACCUAGCAAAGUUUGAUGGCAGCUGUUGGUUUAGAAUCCGCUGCGAUAGACAAUUGUCCUUCCCCAACUCUUUUUACUCCUUAAAAAAAAAAUAAAUUAAAUCUAAAAGGACAGCUAAUUUUUCAGCAGCAAACAAGCAUAAAAUUAAAUACACCUAAAAAAACAUCAUCUUCAAACAAAGGAACUUCAUUCACAGAAGAAGUUAAUGAAAUAAAAUUAAAUACAGGAUAAAAAAUCAACCCAACUAUAAUGAAAAAGGGAAACCUCAAAAAAAAAUUUACUCUACAAAGAUAAGGUUCUAUUGAUAGAAGAGAAAUAGAUUGGAUGAUAAAUAAAUCCAAAAAAUAGCUUCAAGGAAAAGAGUCUACUUAAAGCAUAUUUUCUUCAAUGAAUGAACCUCGUAGAUUUAGCAGAUUGCUAUCAAAUAUUGGCUAGCAAGAAAAUACACAAGCCUAAAUCAACAAUUCUAAAUCUUUUUUAAAGAUAUCUGAAAUUGAGAUUGAAGAUAAAGAACCUAAAACACAAAUAGAUAAGAAUCCAUCAUUUAUGAAAACAGGUCUUGAUACUACUCCUAAAUAUAAUAGCUUUACUCAAUUGUAGAUGAACUAGAUAUAAAUUCAACAGCAAGACUCUUAAGCUCUUCUUAAUCCUUUAAAUUUAAACACUGGUUUAACAAUAUAAAACUCGAUCAAUAAUGAAUAACAAAAUAAAUAAAGCUCAUUUCGUACCAUAAUUGAGUAGCCUAGUGGGUAUUUUUCAACAAAUAAUAAUAACAAUAAUAAAGAGGAAUCAGUAACACAAACAUAAAUUGGUUAAAACACAAAUAAUGCAAAAUUUAAUUUAAAUAGUUAAUAUGAAAUUAAUUAAAUAAACAGCUUACAAAUUUGUAAUUCAUAAAGUUCUUCUUUAGAUAUUAAUAAUAAACCUAUUAUAAGAAAUUUAGAUGUCCCUAUACAUUUACCAAGGUAGAAGUAUCCUGAAUAAAAUACCUAAUUAAACAUUAGUCCAAGUAAUAAUUAUAGAAAUAACAAUAUUAAUUUUAAUUUAAUCUAGCAAGAGGAUAAAUAGAAUUAGAAUAAUUAUGCUAACAAUUAAUAAGCUGUUUAAAAUAAUCAUGCUGCUCCUGAAAAGAUAUCUAAAGUAAAAAGAUACAUUGAUGAUGAAAAAAUGAUUAGAUUUGAGUUUUUCCCUGAUAUUUUAAGGACUUAACUAGUCCUUAUAGAAGCAGAUUUACUUAUUUCUAAACAAAUGUUUAUUAAAGCUGCUGAAUUACUGACUAAAAAUAUAGAGUGCUCAUAAUUUUACACUUCUCACUUAAGAUCUCGACUUAUAGAAAAACUCACUUAUAUAUUUGAAAUAUUAAAUAUUGAGAGCGAGGAUUUAAAAUAAUUCCAUUAAUCAUUUAAUAUUAAUAUGUCCUUCAAAAUUGCUCUUAUAUCUGCUUCUUCAAAGUCUUCAAACCAAAAACGAACUUAUUUGUUUUGCAAAGACAUCCUUGAUGAGCUCAUGAAUAAUUAAAAUGAUAAAUUUGGACUAAUUGUAAAUAAUUCAUUUCUUCCUGUAUCACUAUAAGUGCCGUUGAUGAAGAUAAAUUAAAUAAAAUCCAACUUCCACUAAGUAAAGUUCCAUUUAAAACAAAUAUAUAGAGAAAUAUACAAACUUGAAAAUCCUGUUAAAAAAAUUUUCCAAAGAAGAAGUUGCAGAAAAGGAAGUAGUUUAAUAACAUAAAAAAUGCAAACAUAUCUUUAAAAUGAAAAUAAUUCAAUAAUAUGGAAAGUUUUCAAUUGUUUUAAAAAAUUAGGUUCCAAAAAAUCAAAAAAAGAAAACAUAUUUAGAUCAAAUUAAAUUAAAAAAAGUACUAUCAUUUAAAAUUAGUUGAACAAAAAUUAAAUAGAAAAUGAGAGCAUGGAUAUAAAUUUUAUAACUGAAAUUUAAUCAAAAAGUAGUUAAAAUAGUGAAUUUUGUGAAUCUAUUUAUAAUGAUGCUAUUGAUAAUCCAUAAAAAAGCUAAAUUGUAUAAAUAAACCAUUCAUAAAAUGGAAGUUUAUUCCAUUUGUAAGUGAAAUAAUCCAAAUUUAACCAAGAAAAUACAAAUAUUUCUUAUGUAAACUCAAAUUUAUACACUCCUCAAAUAUUAAAUUUGCAAAAGCCUCAGCGUUAGUUAAGCAUUUAUGAAAAUUAGAGAUUAGAAGCGAGUGAUGAUUUGACACUUAAAAAUAAAAGUCUUCUUUAUUCACCAAUAAAUAAAAAUUAUUUAAUUCAACCAUAUAACAGAAAUCCUUUUAGAAAAAAUUCUACUUCAAAAGCUGGAGAUAACUUAAUCGAAACAAAAUAAUCAAUAGAAUAAAUUUAGAUUGAAGAUGAAAAUUAUUCUCCGAAAAGCUUCUAAAACUAAUCUAUGAAUUAAAUAAACUCUAUUUCUAGCCCUCCUCAUAUACCACUUUUAAGUUUUAAUUUUAAAUCACCUGAAUUUAUUACAUAAAAUAUGUUACACUAUGCUUCGUAGCCUCUAAUAUAGCUAUAGCCAACUCCGAUUGAAAGUAAAACAUAAAAUCAUGGUCUAAUCUUUAAUCAAACAGUUUCUCCAAAGCUUUUGCAAAAUCGCUAUAAACUCUUUAGAAAUAAAUAAGAUAACUACAAUAGAAUUUUCCAUUUUUGUGUAAGAAAAUCAAUCAUAGAUAUUAUUUUAAGUGUCUUGUAAUUAAAUGAAAAAGAGUCAUAAAAAGAGAAAGAAUUUUGUGAAGAUGAGUAUUUUAACAAUACUUAAGUUAUAAUGUUCUUUUACAGCGAAGAUCGCCUAUUAUAAUAUCUCUAUAAUAAACGAGAUAAACCUAUUUAUCCUUUAAUCCACUCAGUCAAUUACCAAUACAGUUAGUAGAAUAAUAACUCUUCAAUUACUCUUUAAAGAAUUAUGUUUGGUUUAGAAAGUGAGGGCAUUUUAUUUCUAACAACAAGAAAUAGCAGUUUUUCAAAUAUUUCAAAUGCUUAUUAAUGCAAUAAGGGAGUAUUUAAUUUUGAUCCUAGAUGCUCAUAGUGGUUCAUUUAGUCUUAAAAUUAUGAUUCCUAAAUUUUAUUUUCACCAAAUUAUGCUAACGCUAAAGGGUAGUUUUCCAAUUUACUUUGUUAAAAGAUGAACUAAUUUAGCAAUUAAGAUGGAUUAGACAGAAUUCAUCAUGUUUAAUGUUUUAACUUGCUAAUUUAAAAUUUAAUCAAAUAUUUCUAAAAUUUUGCAAAAUCAACAAUAUAAAGUUAUAUUUUGGAUCCAAGAAGCAAUUAAGUUAUUUAUGAUUCUAGUCAGCCAUAUGAGUAUCCUUAAUAAACUAUUUAACAAAUAGAAUUGAAUUAUUUGUAAUCUCAGGAAAGUGCCUAAGUUUUUGAUUAAAUGCUUAGCAAAUAUAAUUAUUGGAUAUUAGAAUCUUUAAAUUACAGCAGCAACGAAUUGUUAACUAAAUUAACGGAAUAGGUAACAGUAUUUGAAUAUCAAAGGAAUUAAACUAACUCAAGUGUGAUAUUAAGUCCUAUUUUUAUUAUUGAUAAAAAACCUUAAUUUUUAAAUGUAAAAUAAGAGCAGAAAUCUAGAAUUGACAUAGAUAUAGCUUUUUUAUAAGUAAAUAUUAUAGCAGAUACUGUGCUAAAAUAGUAAUCUGAAGACAUGGUUGAGUUUUUUGAUUAAUUUUACUUCUACAACUGUAUUGCCCAAAUUAUUUUUGGAGUUGUUGUUAUUAUUUUUUAGAUUUACUACACUAUUAAAAUUCUUAUUCUUCUUAACAGUCCUAUAGAUCAUCUAAUCAAGAUCCUCAAAAGGAUUUAGAUUGACAUAAAAACUGAUUAGCUAUUUUCAUUGUUUGUUGACUUUUCACUUAAUUCAGAGGAUAUCUUUCUUUCUAAAGAAGCUUAUGAUCUUUUUAAAAGCUUCGAAUUAGUAUUUCAUAAUCUGACAUACACUUCUUGCAACUUUUUCAUUAGCGACUAAAACUAAACUUUGAUGGGUCUUUGCAGAAAAGUAUAGUUUUUUGAGUAAUUUGAAAAUUACAAUAUUGUGGGAAUAGCUCACAAUAAUAUAGGGUCAAUACUUAUGAGUCAGGGGCAUUACUUCCAAGCUUUAGAGCACUUUUCUUUAUCUAUAUUGUUUGCAUAAUGCGAAAUAAAGGAUUUUUGUCUCUAAUAUAAAUAAUCUUUAAGUUCUUAAAUAUUGACACAAUUUGGGUUUGAUCAUAGUCAAAAAAAAAAGUAAACGAUGAAUUAAAAGUAUAUUUAAUUUGAUAAAAGCAAUCCUUUAAAUAGUAUGCAGAGCUAUAAUCUGUCAAGUAUUUAUUAAAAAAAUACUCCAUACAUCACUAAAAGGUAAAAUUUCAAAAUUGAAAAAAAUAUUAUCAAACCUAAUCUUUCAGAUAAGAAUGAAACAGAUGAUUUCUGUUUAUCAUAAAUAUAAAGUAAUUAAGAAGAAAAUUAAUUUUUGCAUAUUUUAAAUGAAAUCAAUAAAGAAAGCAUAUAUGAAAAGCUUAAAAGUUAGUUUUUUAAGAAAAAAAAUAUUAGCUAAAAUGAUGUUGAGGACUUUAUCAAAAAUAGCUAUAGGUAUCCUUAUAAUUCAUAAAGAGAAGAUUUAUUAACCUAGAAGCAUAGAAUCUCAUUAAAAAAUGAAAACAGUGAUUAACAUUACAAAAGAUUAACUUAAGAAUGCUAUUGUUUUAUUGAUGAUGGGCAUUUAUAAUAAAGAUAUCAACUUCUUUUAAACAUUUAUUUCAGAAAAAGAAACUACAUUACUACUUUAAUUGCUUUUUAGGAAAGCCAAGAUGAAGAUAAAAAAUAUUAAUCACAAAAUUAAGAGCUUUAUAAAUAUAAUUUUUGGUAGGAAAUUAAAAGUCUCUUAAAAAAUAUUUUGUAUAUUCUCCCUUAUUUGCCUUUUGAGAAACAGCAUGAAAUUGAAAUCUUAACUCUUAUCUGCAAAUGCCAUGUUAAACUUAAUAAUCUCUAAAAAUGUGAAAUAAUUCUUAUGUACUGUGAUAAUUUAAAAUAGUCUCUCAAAAAAGAUAAUAAAAUAAUAAAUAAUGGAAAUGAUAAUUUUUUACUUAAAAAUAGAAAAAGUUGUUAUUAUAAAAACUAAAAUUAGUUAAAUGCUAAUACAAAUAAUUUGGAUUUCGUGAGUGCAUAAAAUAAAUAAACUAAUAAUUAAUCUAAAAUCUAUUUUAGCUCUAGAAUAGAAAAAAUGUAAUAAGAACUUUUCUAAGCCUCCACUUAACAAAAUAAAUCAUAAAAUAAUAAUUGUUUUAGUAAUAAUAUGAAAUCUGUAUCUGCUAACUCUUAAAUAUUCGAACACAGCUAAGCAAUAUCUUCAACGUAAAGACUUAAUAAUUAUUUAAAAAAUAAAAAUGAAGGAGAAAUCAAAAAUAUAACUUUAAAUGAAACUCACUUUUAAUUGCUAAAUGCUAAUCCUGAUAAUGAAAAUAAAAAUAUUUUUAAUUAUAAAUAUUAAAGCAAAUAACACAAAUAAUCAAAUAAGUCUUUUAAUACUUUAAUGUAAUAAAAAAUCGAAGCAUCAAGCUUCAUUUAAAGUUAAAAUUAAAACUAAAACCUAAAGGAUAAUAUGAUCGAGAAUGGUGAAAAAUAAAGUUCUUAAUGCAGAGAUUUAAAUGAAAAUUAUCUUAAUUUUUCAUAGCUCUAGUACAAGGAUUCUGAAUAAGAUUUAAAUUAAAAAAAUAUUAAUUUUUAAGCAGGUUUGAUUGACCAAUAUGAUAGUACCUAAAAAAUGCAAAAAAGCUUGUAAAUUGCAAGUACCUAUUAAGUUUUAAGAAAAAAAAACUAAACAACUUUUGAUAAAUAAUUCAAUUUAUUAUCUAAUAAUUUAUCAUGCGAUUCCCCAAGCGAAUCUUAAAACUUAUAAAUUCAGAGAAAUUAAUUCAAAAAAUAACGAUUAUCUCAAUCUUCAUACCUGAAAUAGAAUUAAGUUAGAUAAUUUCUAAAUAUCAUUUAAGAAAAAGAUUAAAAUUUUUAAAAUUUAAGAAAAUCUCUAACAAAUAUCCUUGAGAAAAGUAACACACCAAGUGAUUAAAAAAGUAUAUAACCUCAUAAAUAGUGCGUUAAUCAUUCAAAUUUAAAUCUUCUAUAAACUAAAUAAAAUAUAGAGCUAAUUUUGUAAAAUAUAAGGAAAAUAGAAUAAAUAGGAGCAGAUCAAGAAGAUAUUAUAUUUGAAUUAGACGAAGAUGUUUUAAAUUUUGAGAUAGAUAUAGCAAAUGUAGAAUUAUUAUCAAAAUAAAAAAAAUAUUAUUAAUCAGCUAUUAUUUUAACGAACUUGUUUGAAAAUUAAAAUUCAUAAAGAUCAACUUUGGAUUUAUAAAAUUUAGAAAAUUAAAAGCAAUCAGAAUACUUUAUAGACAUUUCAAAAAGAUAAUAAGAAGUUAAAUCAAAUAUAUAUAAUUAAUAAAAAAAGGACUUUACAUUUGAUAGAAUAUCUACUUUAAAAUCUUUAUACAGCAUACCAAACGAUUCUCCUAAUACCGAAAAAAAUCAUUAAGAAUCUUACAUUUUACCAGAAGAAAAAAGUGAUUUCAUACAAAAACCUAUUAGUACUACUCCAUUUCGUAAUAUACUUCAUAAGGAAUAAUAAUAAAUAAGAAAAUGUAUUUAUAAAGAAUAAAUAAAAAAUGAAAAAUGUGAUCUAAUUUAUUAAAAUAGUUAAAGAAGUAAUAUUUAAAAAUAAAAUCAAUUUGAAAAUGUAAAGAAAGAGUAAAAAAGAAACAAAUUAUCAAUAGAACAUUCUUUAUAAAUAAAUAGAGAUCCUAAUUUAGAUAACUUGUAUUAGUAGAAUUCUACUGAAAUAAAUUAACUAAAUAGUUAGGGUUAGUAACUCUUAUCUUAAAUUAAUAGAGUGGAUCCCUUAAUGAAAGCAAUAUUAUCAUUAAACUAAAAUGAUGGAUAUGAAGAGUAUAUUCCAAUUUAAAAUAUAUUUUUUGGUUUUUCUUUGGAAGGAUUAUUUUACUCUACAAGUCUCAAUUCUACUUUAAGUAUAGAGCCAAAUGAAAAAUGUCAUAAAGGGCUUUUUGUUUAUGAUCCUACUUGCCGCUAAUGGUUUAUAGAUGCUAUGAACUAGACAUCUUUAAGUCUGAAUUCUCCAAUAAUUUCAUUUGGUGAUCAAAUACCUUUUCCAUCAUAGCAAUCUUGCUAAAAGGUGAUGUACUUUAACUAAAAUACAUAAUAAGAAGAGAUAUCUCAUGUUUUAUGCAUUGAAUCUAAGAUAUCCCAAAUUAAAAAUUACUUUAAAAAUUUAGCAUAAUCUACUAAGUAACUGUACAUAAUAUCGCCAUCUUCUUAGAUUGUAAUUUUCGAUUCUUCUUAAACGAACUUAAAUUAAAAUUUAAGUUUCUAAACUCUUUAAUAAGCAGAAUUUAAUAAUUUAGAUCCAUAAAAUUCAGACUUUUAAUAAUUGCAACAAACACUAAAUAGUAAUUACAAAAAUUGGAUAUUUAGCUCCUUAGAUUAUUUAGAUAAUAAAAUUGUUAGUACUUUAGGGAAUUAAACUAUUUCGAUUCCUUGUACGCGAAACGGUACUAAAUAUCAAGCUAUCAUAGAUCCUAUUUUUAUUUUUGAUUAAAUUCCUUAUUAUAGUGGCAAUUUUUAGCAAAAAGGUUAGACCUUAGUAGAAGUAGCAUAUUUAUCAAUAAAUAUAAUAUCAGAUGAAGAACUUUUACAAUAUUAAUAGGAUAUAAUAUUCAUAUUGAAUAAUUACUUUUUAUAUGGAGGAGUUUUAGUGUUAAUUUUUACACUCAUUUCAGUUUUUAUUUCACUUUUCUACACAAUAUAAAUAAUAAACCUUAUUGAGGCCCCUAUAAACCAUUUGCUAAAAAUACUCAAAAGAGUCAAAAUCAAUACGAAUGAUCCUGAGUUAGGUUCAAUUAUUUCUAGCAAUUUGCUUAACGAAGAAGAAAUGUUCCUUUCUCAAGAAACAUAUGAACUCUAUAUGAGUUUUUAAUCGAUUUUUAAUAUCCUCCUCUUACAAUCUGAAAACGUAUAUAAAGAUAACUAAGCCAAAACAUUGAUUACAUUGUGUAAAAAUUUAGAUUUUCUUCUUAAAUUUUAAAAUUACUACGCUGUGGGCAUUACAUAUAAUAAUAUAGGAGUAUUUUUGCUUCACCAAUGCUAAUUUUUUCAUGCACUUGAAUGCUUUUAAAGUUCAGUGCAAUUUGCAAAGUACGAGAUCUAAAAAUUUUGUAAUUAAAAUCCAAGCUUAGCUUAAUCAUCAGGGUUAUAUAAAUACUGCUUUAACUUUUAGUUAAAUGAUAACAAUUCAAACCAACAAGAUUUGGUGAAAGACAUUCAAUAAACCUAAUAGGAAUAAACUAAUAUGAAUAAUUUGCAAAGAAAAUAAACAGAAUAUGAUAAAAAGAAAAGUAAUUCUAUUUUUUAAAGAGCUGACUAACAAUCUUCAGAUCAAAAUAAGAUCAACUCUCAAAAAAACUGUGCUUUAAAUUUGUCAGUAGAUUAGUAAUCAAAUAAACUGAAGUAAGAGAGCUCAUUUAAGCAUAAAAUAUGGAAAUCAAUAAAAGUGAUAUUUUACAAAAUAUUUAAAUGCAAAAAACCAAUCGAAAAUGAAAACAAAUAAGAAGAAAUAUAAAAUAAGGAUGAUUAAAAAGGGUAAAUAGAUGAAAAUUAUUAGUAAAUAUUUUAAUUAUAUACUACCUAUUUUUAUAGAAAAUAAAAUUAUAUAUUCACUUUAAUUGCCUAUCAAGAAAGUUUUGAAUUAGCAAAAUAAAAAUAAAAAACAUCAGAAUAAAAUCAAACUCCUUAACUUAAUCUAUGGCAUGAAAUAAAAGAUUUAAUUUAAGAAUUAAAAAUAAUUUCAUAGAAUCUACCAAUAAAAAUGUUUUUAGAAUCACCUAUUAAUAUUUUAACGUCUAAAUGUCACUUUAGAUUAAAUGAAUUUUCAAUAGCAUAAGAAAAAUUAAAUGAAUGCUAUACUCAAAUGGAUUAAUUAAAAAAAAAUUUAAUGACAAAUCUAUAAAAUUCUUCUAAAGAUAAAAAUAAUUCUCCGAAAGAUGUAAGAAAUUAGGAAAAUCUUUUUCUUAGUAGAGAAAUGAAUUAAACAAUAAAAAGUCCAUUAAGUAUUCCCCAGAAGAGGAUAACUUAAAUUAGGUAGAAUCAAACCUUAGUAAAUUAAAAUCUUAACUUAAAAUAAUCUUCAAAUUAACUUAGCAAUUUCAUAACCAAUAAUUAAAGCGAAUAAGAUUAUUAAACUUAAAAAAAAUAUUCAAAUUUUUAAAGAUAGAUAACAAAUAAAAACUUAGAAAGUAGUUAUCUCAAACAUGAACAAAAUGAUUUGAGCCCUCAAACAUAACAUUCUAAUAUUACUUUUUAGAAAGAUUGCUUGAUCGACUAUUCUUAAAUUUAUAAAGUUCCAAUUAGAGAGACUAAUCCUGCAUAGUAAGAAAGUUUUUUGGAUAGCUAAUCUUCUCCUUUAACCCAAAGAAGGCUAUACUAACUCUAAAAGUUUACCACUCCUUUAAAUUAUAAUUAAGUGACUAAUAGAUAGUUUUUGUAAAGGUAUAAAUCAAUGAAGAGUAACCUAUAAUCUAAAUAGAAUUAAUAAUUUGCUGGAUCAUUAGCUUAAAUUGAUGAUAAUUAAAAUAAAACAAGAAAUGUAUCAUUCUAAAUAAAUAAAGAGAAUAAUAAUUAAACUUUUAGCGAUGCGUUAUCAAAAUUAAAAGAGUAAGAUAUUGAAAAAUAGAACUCAAUUAAUUUUAAUUUAGAGUCAUAUUUUGUAUCGAAAUCAAAGGAAUAUUAAGAAAAUUUAGAUAAAAAGACAUCUUAAUUUUAGUUGUUCAUAUAAACUAUUGAGAUGACUAUUGGAUUUUAUUAAUCUGAAUUUUAUUUAUAAAAGAAAGAUUAUUUAAAUUCUGCUGAUUAACUUUCUAAAGUUUUCGAAAAUAAUUAAAGAAUACUUGCUCAUUUUCCUUACAGAAUAGUUAGCUACCUAAAGGAUAUAUUUAAUCACUACAAUAUUUUAUCUCCUUCCCUAAACCAAAUUUUAACUAGGCUACAUCAAAAUUAGCCAAUGCAUUUAUCAAUAAUAUUAGAUACAAAUGGUAAUAAUUAAACAGCUAUUUAAUCACUUAAAAUUAUAAGUGGUGUAUCCAAUGAUGUUUUGUAUAAAAACUAAGAUCAAUUAGCAAUUAAUAUUUUCAAUCAAUAAGAAGGUAUUUUAGAAAAAUACAUGGAAUUUAUGAAAGUAAGUUAAAUAAAAAGUUUAUUAAAUCUAAUAUUAUCUGAUAUAAAUUCUAUUAUUUCAAAAUUUGAAAGCCAAGAUGUAAUUUAGAUGGCAUCAGAAAUAUUAGAAAAAGAUAACGAUGAUAAAAAUUAACUAUUUUAAGGUAAUAGUAAUACUUUGAAGCAAUAAUAAUAGAACACUAAUGAAAAACCAAAUCAAGAUUAGCCAUUAUUUAGUAAUUUUUAAGAAAAGUUAAACCAAUAAAAUUAAACAGGAAUAUUUAAUAAUUAAUCUGACAAUAAUGUUUUACAAAGUUGUUCUAAUCAUUAAUAAUAUUUUCAAAAAGAAAAUUAAAAAUAUGACAUUUUUGAUUAAUCCUGUUAAUCAAAUUUAACUUUAAAUUAACAAGAUUCACAAAAUUUACAACAAAGCUAAAGUAAAAAAUACCAAAACUAUUUAAAAAAAAAGUAAAUGAAUCUUUUAGAUUAUUUAGGUGAUAACAAAGAUAAAAUUUUAACUAAUUUUAGAUAACAAAUUCAAGCUAAAGGAAAUUAAUAAGAUUCAUAAUUAAUGAUUUAAGCACCCAAAGAAGAAACUCGCAAUUAAGAUUCAUAUCUGAGUGACGUGUAAAUAGUAAAAUUAAAUUAUAUCUAAGGAGAUAUUGUAGAUUAAUCUAAAAUGGAUUCAUCCAAAGACGAAUUUUCAGAUUCAAAUAUAAAAUUAGAAGAACUUCCUUGUAAUUUGGAUAGUUCAUACUAGUGCAAAUCAUUAUAAAUUAUAGAUGAAAUAAUAUCUUAGAAAGAUUAAGAAACUAUUAAUAAAAUAAAUUAAAAAUUUCAUUUUUUAAUAAGAUAAACAAUAGCCUAACUAUAUUCCAAAUAAAUAUAAUUUGAGGAAAAAAAGUUUAAUGUCUUUAAAAAUAAUUUUAAAUAUUAAUAUUGCAAAUACAAACUGCUAAAUAAAUAAUAAAACGAUAUUUUUGAUUUUUAUCACAUUUUCUAGAUAAAAAAUUGCACUCAAUAAAGUAAUAAUAGAGUCAUUUUGUAUUCUACAAACAAAAUUCAAGUAUUGAAAAACAAUAUGUUUAACUAACUAUGCUUUACUCUAUUUUCUCAUGAUAUGCUAUUGGUUAUUUUUUCAUCAGAAAAAGGAUAAAAUUUUCUUGAGUAGGAGUAAGACUAAUGUUACAUUUUUCAAGAAAAAGUAAUAAUAAGAAUAUUUUAUUCUACUAACUUAUUGAUCAACUUUCUUUAAUCUUAAAGAAAUCAGUUUACAAAGAAAACUUAUACCAGCUAUCUACAACAUUUUUGA